AUCAUUGAUAGUAUAGGUAUAGUAGUUAAAUUUCCCUAAUUUGCUUCACUCUCUGUUCAAUUGGCAUCACUUGUCUGCGGCCGCCACCACCCGCAAUCUCACAACGCCACAGAUUCGUUUGUUUCGUUUUGCUCAUUAUCAGAUGUCAAGUCGGCCUGAAUUGCUAGCGCCGCCUGAAAUAUUCUACGAUGAGAGCGAAGCUCGUAAAUACACUUCUUCUUCUCGCAUUAUCGAAAUUCAGGCAAAGCUAUCAGAGAGAGCAUUAGAGCUUCUUGCUUUGCCAGAAGAUGGAGUCCCUAGAUUACUUCUUGACAUCGGUUGUGGAUCAGGACUUAGUGGAGAGACACUGACUGAAAGCGGGCACCAAUGGAUUGGCUUUGACAUUUCAGAGUCAAUGCUUAAUGUUGCGGUAGAAAGGGAGGUCAAAGGUGAUCUUUUACUUGGUGAUAUGGGCCAGGGCUUACCUCUUCGUCCUGGUGCUAUUGAUGGUGCCAUCAGUAUCUCUGCUGUUCAGUGGUUAUGCAAUGCUGACAAGUCCUCCCAUGAGCCAAGACUAAGAUUGAAGGCUUUCUUUGGAUCAUUAUACAGAUGUCUUGCAAGGGGAGCCAGAGCAGUGUUUCAAGUGUAUCCAGAAAAUACAGCGCAGCGUGUGUUGAUUUUGAAGUCUGCAAUGCAGGCGGGAUUCGCUGGUGGUGUGGUUGUUGAUUAUCCACACAGCACCAAAAGCAGGAAAGAAUAUCUGGUCCUCACUUGUGGACCACCAUCCACAACCACGGCUGCGCCUAACGGAAAAGGUGAAGAUGGAGAAAGCUACUCUGAAGAUGACAGCAGUGAAAAUGAAGAAAAUGAGACUGUUCGCUUUGGAGACAGGCGGAGACCUAAAAAAAGACAAAAAGUAACCAAGAAAGGGAAGGGAAGAGAGUGGGUGUUAAGGAAAAAGGAGCAAAUGAGAAGUAAAGGAAAUACUGUGCGUCCCGACACCAAAUACACUGCUAGAAAACGCAAGGCUCGGUUUUAAUACUCUAUUGUUUAAAACUUUAGGUUGUUGAUAUUCUAUAUUAUGGAGUUAAACGCAUACUGCCUGCUCUGUAAUUUGAAUAGCCCCUUAACUUCUCUAUCUUUUUCAAGACUCUGGUCCUGUGCCCUAAGAUCGUCGUCUACAUCAAAUAUGAGAAUGUUGGGAGAUUGGUGACCACUUCUGAAUAGAGCUGCAGUCUGCUGAAGGAUCAUGUGGAAAUAGAUUUUUGAAUUGAGUUUUGAGUAGGUGAGAAGUGAUGAGAAAAUUACUAAAGUUUUGAGUAUAAAACGAUACUGACAUAUUCAUAAAUGGCACUUUCGAUGUAUUUUUAUUUCUUUCGUUGAAAAAAUCCGUAUGCCCAUUAGCUCA